AUGGACCACUUUCCUACCAACUGGGGUCGCCCUAGAAAUGACAUGUUCGAUGCCUAUGGUACCUAUCCCAUCCAUCAGAGGCCCGACAAUCAUCCCAAGGACGCUUUCGCUGACAGUGUUCAGCGUACACAGCAGCCGAUCGUUACCGGCACGAGUGUGCUGGCUAUCAAAUUUAAGGAUGGGAUCAUGAUGGCAGCGGACAACCUCGCAUCGUAUGGCUCCCUCGCUCGCUUCAAGGACGUUCAACGUCUCCAUCCCGUUGGGAGGUAUACCGUUAUCGGUGCCGGCGGUGACAUGUCCGACUUCCAACACAUCCAACACAUCCUCGAAGAAGUCAUGUACGCGCGGCGUUCGAAGUUGGACCCUUUGUGGAACUCUCUCCUCAUUGGCGGGUUCAAGGAUGGAAAGAGGUUCUUGUCAUAUGUCGAUUUGCUUGGGACGACGUAUUCAGCUUCGACCCUUGCCACUGGCUUCGGAGCCUACAUUGCACAACCGCUACUCCGCAAAGCAGUAGAAGGGCACGAAGAUGAUCUCACAGCAGAGCAAGCACAAAAUAUAUUGGAAUAUUGUAUGCGCGUUCUCUUCUACCGCGAUGCUCGAAGUCUGGACAAGGUACAUAGUCGUUGUAGUACCAAAUUGCAACCUAUCACUGCGGAAGGCGUGAACAUUUCGGGCUCGCUGAAACUGCAGACAUCGUGGGACUUUGCCGAGAACAUCAGAGGGUAUGGCGCUCAGACCCAGUAGUAUGUCGAAUCUUUGUAUCACCGCACUGAAUUCCUUGUAACCAUUGACUCAACGUAAAAACAACAACUAAACGAGCGAUCUUUGCCAUAUACGGGACGGUCCAUCACUACGCAACAAAUGUAGAAGAAUAUUACCUCGCCCUAUCCACUAAUUAUCGAAAUGCUCCGUGAA